AUGACUACUGUUACCACAGUCUCUUAUAGAUUCAACAUUAAUGGUACUUACACUUAUAAGAUAGAGGCUAGAAGGGGUAUCAGACAAAGGGAUCCAUUGUCCCCCCUUCUGUUUGUGAUAACUAUGGAGUACCUUAGUAGGCUACUGUUCAGAAUGCAAAAAAACCCGGAUUUCAAUCAUCAUACCAGAUGUGAAAGGUUGCAGCUCACUCACCUAACAUUUGCUGAUGAUCUUCUGUUGUUCUCAAGAGGUGAUCAAAGCUCCAUGGAGAUUCUGCAGCGCACUAUCAAAAGCUUUUUGGAUUCAACAGGUAUGAAAAUUAAUCCUUCAAAAAGUAAGGUGUAUUUUGGUAGUGUUUCAGAUUCUGUAAAGAACUUAAUUCUGCAGUUGACUUCUUAUAAGGAGGGGACCUUCCCCUUUAGAUAUCUUGGAGUCCCAGUGACUAGUAAGAAGUUGUUUGUUGUUCAUUAUAUGUCGUUGGUGGAUAAAUUAAUGAGUAGGAUAACUCAUUGGAGUUCUAGGCUUCUUAGUUAUGCUGGAAGACUACAGUUGACUAAAAGUGUGUUGUAUGCUAUUACUUCUUACUGGAUGCAGUGUAUUUGGUUCCCUAAAGCUGUGAUUAGCAAAAUCAAUGCCAUUUGUAGAUCGUUUCUCUGGACAGGUGGUAGCACUAUCAGUAGGAAGAGUCCAAUUGCCUGGGAAAAGGUGUGCAAACCUACUGUUAAAGGGGGUAUGAAUGUGUUAGAUUUAGAGGUUUGGAAUAGCAUGUUUAUGAUGAAACUACUCUGGAAUAUUUGCACGAAAACUGAUGAUUUAUGGGUUCGGUGGAUACACGCCUAUUACUUGAAAAAUGAGGAUAUGAUGCAUAAAGUGGUCAAGGGAUCAGACUCGACUAUUUUUAAAACUAUUCUUCUGCAGAGGGAUAACAUAGGGAACAUGCAGAUUGUUUGGAAUGAGAUGGUGCAAUCAGGGAGAUUCAAUGGUAGGAAAGUGUAUGUGAACUUGUUGCCUGCCACACCAAAUGUUGUUUGGGCCAAGUUAAUUCUCCAUAAUAGAGCAAGACCUCGUGCAAUCUAUACACUAUGGGUGAUCUGUCAUGGGAAUUUAGCCACAAAAGCCAGACUGUAUCGGUUUGGAAUGGUGAAUAAUAAUCAAUGUGUCUUUUGUUCUGAGGUGGAAACCAUUGACCACCUAUUUUUUGAGUGUUCUUUUUUUAGGAAGGUCUGGGUUGAAACGCUUCAUUGGAGUGGUAUCCAACACACUCCUAGAAGUUGGAAUGAGGAGAAAAAUUGGAUUUUGAAUUGCUAUGGAGGUAAAGGUUGGAAAUCUGAACUUGUUAGAUUAGCUCUGACAGAAACUUUGCAUGAGCUGUGGCCCUUUAGAAAUGACUCUUGUUUCAAUCAAAGAGAUGACAAUAGGAAUUGUACAGAUAGAAUCAUUAACAACAUAGUUUACAGAGGGUGGUCGAGUCCUAAGCUUAGACCACACAUAGCUUUUUUGAUGGUACAGUAA